CGGUGCGAAUAGCAGCAGUAACGGUACUGGAAUGAGCAGUAGUAGUAGUAGUAGUAGUAGUAGCAGCAGCAGCAGCAGCAGCAGUCUCACCGCAACUACUUCGACGGCUCUAAUCAGCAACAGUAGCAUCAUCAUCAACAACAAUAACAACAACAAUAUUAACAAUAAUAGCAGUAACUAUGGAAAAAGUCACAAAAAUCUCACCAUCAAAGCAAAAUCUUCGUCGUCACCGGGUGGGGUUGAAUCUACUGCCGCCGACUCGCCGAUGGCGGAUGGCAGCGUUGCUGCAGCAUCCACUGACACGCCUGCUUCGCCAACGUCACCACCGGGAGCAGCAACAGCUGUCUCGCAGGAGGCAAAAGGUGUGACGGCAGGAACCACAACCACAUCAUCUACCUCAAGUGUGCAAACCUCCAAGGAUGACGGUAGCGAGCAUUCACCGUUAGUGAACCAUCAUCAUCAUCAUCAGCAUCAUCAUCAUCAUCAUCAUCAUCAUCAUAACUAUCACAUAGAGGAAGAACAUCAUAGUAACAAUCGACCACCGGAGCAGUUGCUCGCAGACGGAGCGGAAUCGAAUGCGCUCUCUGGCAAAGAUACAUCGACGGUAGCAGAAGAACCGAAUAAGGAACGGCAGGAAGAAGAAGAGCUGAAAGCAGUGGACAGUAGAAAGUCAUCUCCAUCGACUGGUUCCUCGGCGACGUUGGCCACAUCGAUAACGACGCCGAGCUCGUCUACAGUGAUGACUACAGCGGCCGUGUCGGCAGCUGCAGCAGCGGCUGCGGCAUCUGCGGUAGCUAUAGGAGGAGUCAACCACCAUCACCUCCUCGGUCACGGCAAUGUGCGCGGUUCACCCGGAUCUCAGGCGCAGGGUGAAGACAGUGGCAUCGAAUCGAUGGACGCCCUCUCAGAGAAGAGCCCCCACCAGCUGUCUUCCCUCAGUCCGCAGGGAAGGAACGCCAAUGGUGGGAUUGGUGGGAGCGGCGGGGCAAGCAGCGUAAGCAGCAACAGCAGUACGAACGGUAGCAGCAGUAGUAGUAGCUCCAGUGGCAGUGAAGUAGCCUGUGAUGGCAAACAGAUGCUACAGAUCGGCGAUACGCCGGAAGACGAUUACCAAGACAUCGAAGCGGUGCUGGCUAAGAUGGAAGGGUUGAACGACGGCGAGGCGAAACUGAAUGGCGAACACCAGUUGUCGGUAGUCCGAUCGGAAACGCUCCGGAAGUUGCUGCAACAACAGCCUGAUCCCGAGACGCUAGAUCGAGCAAAUUUGAGCAAGAUUCUAGAUGACAUCGAUGCUGAUCAGUCGCUGGUUGUUACUGACAACGGUUUGCUGGAGGAUAGUUUGCACAGCGAGAUUCACGAUGAAACGUCCAAAGCCAUCCUGGAGAAGGACGUAGUAGAAACAGUGGAACCGAAACAAUCGAUCACUGUGAAGCGCAGAACGACAGAGGAACGGGACGAGAUCUCCGAGGUAAAAAAUAAACAGCCCUUGGCAGUAGCAAACUGCAUUGCACCGCCAGUGAAGGGGCCCACAGUCGAGAUCAACAGCAACCAUACGGACCUGACGGAGGUGGUUAAGUUGGAGGAUCGGAAACAGCAGCUAAACGCAGUCAAACUCUUAGCCGAUGGGGAUUGCGGCAGCAACAACAAUAGUAAGGAUAGUCCUAGUGUGAAAAGCGAAUGUGAUAGUAAAGUAAUGAUACUAGUUGAUGGUAAACAACACUUAGUUAAGUCUGAUCCCGAGGAGGCUAUCGUUAGUAGUGUAAAGAAGGGUUUGAGGAAAUCUUCCGACGAGCAAGCUGUGGUAAUUUCUGCCACUGCUGCCCUUACCGAGAUGCGCAACAUUUCGCCAACGCCGAUUGUAGCCGUUGUGAAUAGCGUGAAGAUUGAAAGCGUAUUGCCAACAUCGCCGUUGUCAGCAGCAGUGACACCGGGGGCCGCUGCUGCGACUGCUAGUAGCGAAGUGAAAGCUGAACCGAAAAGUCCGGCAACCGGAGAACCAUUGAUCGAGCUGAAACCACGCCACGAGCAACCACCGUUGUACAGCUAUUCCAGUGGAAAGGCUCGCGAAAGACGCACGGCUGCUGCAGCCAGCGAUGGUAGUCAUCCGGGUGGGGCGGUUGUGGAAAAUAGAUCACGACGGAACUCCAGCGCCUCCCGAAGCUCGAGUGUCGACAGUGGAGGUGAAGCUGCUGCAUUAGAAACGGAAGAGCAGCUGAAUUCGGGAACGCUAGUUUCCUCAUCACCAGCUCCAGAAUCGUUGACUGUAGAAGAAAAUUCAAAACAGUCGACCGGAACUGCAGAUGAAGCAUCAUCGACCCAGUCUAAUGAUGUCUCACAAGGACCAGCACCACCACCAUCAGUAUCCUCAACUUCUGCCUCGGUGGUAUCGACAGCAGUGGCUGAAGAAUGCCAACCGAAGGGUAAAGCUGAUUCGGAAGCGAGUGGCAAGGAAAUGUUGACGCAACUUUCGAUCGAAAUUCCAUCUCAUACGGACAGCGGAGAGCAUCGAAUACGUACUAGGGCUUCGAGCAAGCUUGAGAGUCCGCUGGAGCUUCCUACUCGCCAAAGCCCUCUGGCUGCGGCAGCUACGGAGGCGACGAGCAUCCCAGCAACUGCUUCUACCACAGGGUCUACCGUCCCAACGACAAAAGUGGCAGGAGGAGGAGGGUGUGCGGCGGCAACAGGCGGAAGUAACGGUAGCAUCCCGGCCAGGCAAUCCGGGAUCCAUCAUACACAUUCCUCUGUUACGAUUGGCGGCAGCUCGAUUGCAUCCGCGUCCCCAGCGACGACAGCCAGUAGCGGUACUAAUGAACGAACAAGUCCCAAGGGCACUGGUGCAUCUGUUCCGGCCAAGGCGACCGCUACUCCAGCUAGCAACAAGCGAAAACGCCAAGGUUCGGAAAGCUCGACACAAUCCACCAUCAGCGAGAAUGACUUUGUACCGACGCGAGCGAAAAAGUCGCGCAAAGCCGUGGCGGCAGCGACAGCGAGUGCAGGAUCGUCAACCAGCAAUGUUGUUGGAUCAUCUGGAUCUCAAGAGUCCACUGGGGGCAAGGUGCACCAGCGCAGAUCGACAGAGUCGAUCGCGAAAGGACGAAUGUCGCGGAAAGCAGCUGCUGCAGCAGCGGCGGCAGCAGCAGCAGCAGCAGCAGCAGCGGCAGCAGCCGUCGCAGCAGCACCAGCAGCAGCGACCGCAUCACCGGCAACAGUGGUGGUCGAUUCUUCGGACAGUGACGAACCGCUGAUCGAAAUUGCGGGUAAAGCUCGAAACUCUAAACUAACCUCCAAAUCCAGCUCAACAACUUCCAUCACCUUUAGCAAUGCAACCACUACUUCCACUGUCCAAAUUACUAGCGAUACCUCUACUACUUCUACCAAUUCUACUCCUGCUUCUAUUACUACUACUACCACCACUACUACUAUCAUCUCUACCACUAUCAACAACGCUAGUAUUACUACUACUACUUCCAAUACUAUGGCUGCAAAUGCUACUUCGUGCGCUACGACGACUACUGCCUCGUACAAAGCGACCAUGGCAAGCUCAGCAGCCGAAUGUACUACUACAGUGUCCAACUCUCCAACAACAGGUGCUGCUGGCGCAACGGGUAGCGGUCCUACGAUCGUUAGCCAUGGUAGCGGUCGCGUAACACCUCUGCAAAGGUCGUCCUCCUCAUCACCUGCAUCGUCGUCAACAUCAGCAUCCCCGUCACCUUCGUUAAUGGGUACCAGCGCGGCUGCUGCUACGACACAUAAAGCAGUACCCGCUACUGUUGGCUAUAGUGGACCGGCCGGGAGUGAUCGUGAAAAGCUAGGGCGGAAUUCUCAAAACAAAUCCUCGGCAGGAGGGGCGACCGUCAGUGCAAAAGUUGGCGGCCAGAUGCACGGAACUUCCGCGCAAACGUCGUCGACAGGUACCGUUCCUUCGUCGCCUACUUCGAGCAGCACGAUGACGGCGGGACCGGAUAGUAGUACCGCUACGGGAACCACCGUUGGCACUGCGAAUGUCACCACCACUUCUCCCGUGGUUAGUGGUAGCCAGAAAGCAUCAGCCACCACGUCCGGCGGAUCUGGCACUCCGGGUUCGUCUAGUGAUGAAAAAAUCAGCACACGGCGAAGUGUACGAAUGACGUCAUCGACGCUCUCGACGGCAGCAAUGAACAAUAAGGCGAAGGCAGCGGCGAUGCUGAAUGCAGCAAGCACCACUAGUACGGCAUCUGCUGUGGACAGCAAUCACGUUGGCACCACCGUAUCCAGUAGCACCAGCAGCAACUCGGCAGUGAGCAGUUCCACCAGCAGCAGCGGAAGCAGCAGCAGUACGAGCAAUGCGGUUGUUGGUUUGACCGCGGGUGGAACUGUCGGCACGACCAAUGUUAUUGCUGGCGGUGGGAAUGCAAAUGGAAGUGUUAGCAAACCUACCGCGAAUCAUGUCAACCACCAGCACCACCAUGCCGGGGGUGGAUCGAGUCUAAAGGGCACUGUUGCUGGUGCUGGAUCUACUGAAAGCAAAGCCUUAGCCAACGCUGGUACGGGUGGCACAACGCAAACCGUCGCCGAGACCAGCACCACGGUGGAGUUGCGUCGGAAAACGCGGAGUGCAGCUGGCCUGGAAGUAAACCUGACGGAAGGACGCAGGCGCCGCAUUUCGCGUGACAGCAAGUGACCAAUAGUUUACGCCUCAACCGAACGCGUAUCUGGAAGCGGUCGGCGCAGGCCUCACAGUAUCACAACAACUCUGGCAUCUACUUCCAUUGACCAUGGUCACCAAAUGGAUGCCGAUGAGAACGGUGGACACAUUCCAAUGAUCAUGCAACGUAGCCGUUUCCCUGCUAACGUGCCCAGGCCACUGGAGCGGCGGAUUGACACUGAUAGCAUUGCGAUGGGUUCUGCCUGUCAAAUAAAAGAGCCCCGCAAACUGUCCCAUUAUAUUUCGCUUGCCGACAACGUCACGAUCGCUGAGAAUUACACAUCGAUUGAGGAAGAGAUCUCGGACAUGAAUAGCU